AUGGCUCCCAAGGAGAUGACUACAACUACCACCACCACGACUACAGGUUUAUCGAAAAUGUCUGGAGUUGAUCUUUCGGCAUCAGGAAUCGAUCCUUCGAACUCAACAGGCAGUUCUAAUGGGUCCAACAUUCAGGUGAGCGAUAUCAUUGAUUCUUCCGGACUUCCUCCAUCAGGUAGCAUUGGAUCAUCCACAAUGGAACGUGUAUCCAAAAUGGAUGCGCCACCUGAGGAGCAACCACCAAAUGUUGUUGAUCAGAAAAAAGGCAAGAAAAAAAAGAAAGAGGUACCACCAGAGUUAGUCAAAAAUGGUCAACGUACAACCAUGGUGAAGCAUUUGAGAAAUCCGUGGGCGCAUGGGGAAUUUUUAAUGAAAGACGAGACGAAUAAUAAGUAUAUUCUUCGCUUGGAGCCGGUCAAAAAGAAGAGACUACAAUUCUGGCAAGAAAUGUUAUUGGAUAUGGAGCAUCUGUUCAAGGGACCGAAAACGAUUCGAACUGUUCGAUGCCUUGACUACGGACAAAUGAAAUCUCUUGAAUGCAAUUACCUUCUCACAUCACCGUAUUCUCUGCAAAUCUACGAAGUUCUGAAAGUCGUCGGAAACUUCAGUGAGGAUUGUGCUUACAACGUUGGUCUUCAAUGUUUAGAUGUGGGAUUUCAAAGUUAUCUCAAAUCUGAAAUUCUGAUUUUCCAGGCUAUCCAAUACCUUCACCGAAACAUCAAGUCAUCGGCUUUCAACAUUGGAUAUGGAAAUGAGGAAACAAAAGUUAUGCUCACAGACUUUCGUCGCCCAAGAUCUCAUUUUGUACCUGGGGCCAGACCCAGAAAAGUCAGAGCUGCUCGUAAACAAGUUGCCUACGGUGGAUCAUGUCGAUUUGCAAGUAUUUCUGCAAUGAUAGAUCAAGAUGAAGGAAGAAAAGAUGAUUUGGAGUCUUGGAUCUACCUGUUUUACGAUUUGUUGGAUCCGGUCAAUGGAAAAGGAAAAGUUUCGAGAACACUCAUUACCCAGCACUUACAAAAACCGACUGAGUUUAAAAAACUCGUUGACAUGGUGCAUUCUCUGGAAUAUGAUAGUACUCCUGAUUACGACGCACUUAAGGUAAUCGUUGAAAGUGUGGGAAAAGCCAAAAAACUUGAUUUGAGUAAAUGCGACUGGGUCGGAAAGUUAACAAGUGAAGAAAUUAUUCAAAAUGCUCUUGAUCAAUCAAAGCUAAAGUCUAUUGGACAUAAGUUUUCGGGAGAUGAUGAUUUUGAAAACAAAAAUCUUGCUCUUCCAAUCAUGAAUUUAGGCGACGUGCUGAAAAGUGAAAAAUCCACUUGGACAGUUGUGAAACGUUUGGGAAGUGGAGGUUUUGGUGCAGUGUACGAAGUAUUCGAAAUGAAAGAUAGCAAAAAAAAGUACGCGAUGAAAACUGAAGCAACUAUCGGACCAAUCGAGCAUCUCCGUCUCAAAGUUGAAUAUCAGGUGAUGGAAGCGAUCACAAAAGCUAAAAAUAACGGGAAAAAGAAGCCCUCGUUGGGAUCCAGAAGGACUGCUUUCUAUAGUCAUUUUGUGGAUCUUGUGGACCGCGGACAGAGUAUUCAGCUGAGGUGCAAGUUCAUUGUGAUGAGUCUGGUUGGUCCAUCGUUGGAAGAUAUUCGAAAGAAAUAUUCGAUCAAACUUCAUGAGGGAAUUACUCCCUACCAAAUCGCUAUGCAAACUUUGGAUGCUAUUGAGGAUUUGCACAGUCUGGGAUAUAUUCAUCGAGACAUGAAACCUGCCAACUUUGCUGUUGGCUUCGGUCCGACGGAACCAACAGUCUUCAUGUUGGAUUUUGGGAUCGCGCGAAGUUUCCUGGACCCGAAAACCAAAAAGCACAAGGUAGAAGGGGACUGCCGAAAAAACGGACCAUCCACCUGGCUACCUCGAACAAAAGUCAGAUUUUUCGGAACUGCUUGGUAUGCAUCAAGAGAUGGCAUGAAAGGUAAAGAUCAGGGAAGGAAAGACGAUAUCGAAUGUUGGUAUUACACGCUUCGAAACAUUUUUGAUCCAGAAGAUGGAAUACCAUGGAAAGAAUACAGAAAAGACGCCAAAAAGAUGCUUGCAGCGAAGCAGAGGAUAUUCGAUACAAAACAUUUAACAAAUGAAAAAUUUCAUUUCUUCGAAGGUUUCAAUCUGAUUCUUGUUCACAUCGAUGAAAUGUACUUCUCCGCGUGUCCAGACUAUGAACACAUUCGAUCUGUGAUUCGAGCUGUUCUUGAACGGAAAGGUCUUCAAUUUGAAGAUUUGUACAAAGACGGAGUAUGGGUUGGAAAGCUGAAUGCAAACAGAUUGAAGGCAGUCAGCAACAACAUUGAAAACUUCUCAGGCCUUGGAUCAGAUGAACCGGACAGUGCGGCUGUAUACUGA